AGCACCUGUUCAGUGAGCAGCAACACUGACCCCACAAUCAGCCCCUGCUCAGUGAGCAGCAACACCGACACCACAACCAGCACCUGCUCAGUGAGCAGCAACCUGCUGUCAACGGGCCUCAGUGUUGCCAGUAGUUUACUGAGCUAGACAUCGUGAAGUAGCUGAAAUAGGAUGAGAUACAAUUCCUCCGCACCUGCGAAUGCAUGAAACGCGUUGGAGACUGUUCAGCAAGGAGAAUACAACCCCGCCACACGGCCAGGACAUCGGCCGCAAUACCACCCGCAGUCAGCAGUCACGGGAGCCGGAGGACAUCAGCGUACGCACAGCCCCGCUGGACGCAGCGGGACUUGGCGUGACCUUCCACUGCAAUCGAGAUCAGAGCCGCAGUGCUCUCCAGCAGGUCCGGAAGAACUAGUGCAGGGACAGAAUGGACUUUCUGUGGCUUUUCCUCUUCUAUGUGGGUUUCCUGAUCCUUUGUGUCUCUGUUUUCUGCUUCCUGCGAGGAAGAUCCAGUAGCGGCUUGGAUGCCAUAUUUCAUAGAGCAGAAAAGGUACUUUCCUUUGUACUCCCGACAUGUCUGCAGGGAUACCUGAGCAGCUGCUUCCAGACCAGGAGCGUGGCUUUUGUAGUCCUGCACUUGAUACUGGAUGCGCUGGUGUUUGCGGAAUACACGUGGGAGGUGCUCGACUAUAGUUUAGAGCUGGAGAUGAACUGGAUGCUGGUUUUUCUGCCAUAUGUUUUAAUAUCCGUGAAUCUUUACCUCUUCUACAAAUGCUGCACAGUAGAUCCAGGAACGGUGACCAAACAGAAUGAAGCACUUUGUACUCAGGUAUAUGAGUAUGAUGAGGUUCUAUUCCUCCAUGGCAAGAAGUGUCCCACCUGUCAACUGCUGAAACCAGCGCGAUCUAAGCAUUGUGGUGUAUGUGGGAGCUGUAUACAGCGUUUGGACCAUCACUGUGUAUGGGUCAAUAACUGCAUUGGAGCCCUGAAUAUCAGAUACUUCUUGCUCUACCUUCUGAGUUUGACUUUCACUGCCAUCUCCUUGGCCGUGGUGAUUACAGGAUUUCUCCUGCAGGUGGUGCUGCUCUCACACAUGAUGACUGCAUCGUAUGUGGACAGUGAGGGACAUGAAGAGAUGGCUGGUAUAGUCUUUAUUAUUCAGCACCUCUUCCUGACUUUCCCGAGGAUCGUCUUCACACUAGGCUUUCUGUUCAUCUUAAUUCUCCUGUUGGGCGGAUACACCUGCUUCCUCUGGUACCUUUGCAUCACCAACCAGACCACCAAUGAGUGGUACAAGUCAAGGAGGUGGCAGAGCUCUAUGUCGGCAUUGGGGUCUCCUAAAGGUUAUUCCAGAGGUGUCCUGACUAACAUGCAAGAGAUAUUCCAGCCUCUCACCUGCUAUAAGAAGCAGAGAUGAGCGGUAACUGUGCAGCUUUUGUACAAGGAAGCAAACCACGGAACUAUGGCGCAGAUUAUUACAUCACUUCUCCAUAUCAGGCGUUACACAGGGAUAUGGUACAACGCGGAUAUACAGACACAAACGGCUUUUACAAUCGGACACAAGGAACCUGUAAUCACCCAGACAAGAUUUGUUUUGUGUAUAUAAGCUGUUGUACAGUAUUAUUGCUAUAUUUUAAUAAAAAGUGUAAAAAUA